AUGUACGAAACUCGCGACUUGACAGGUGCUGCUGGACGAAUUGUGGAUCAAAGUCCCUGGCCAAAUAAUAGUAAAAUAGCGGUUUCCUUUGUGGUUAACUACGAAGAGGGUGGGGAGCGUUCCCUUUUGUACGGCGAUGAGGGAUUCGAAACAUUUUUAACAGAGGGCGGUUUGAUGCCUUUUCCCAAUCGUCCCGUUCGUGAGCGUUCAAUUGAAUCCUGCUUUGAGUAUGGAUCACGCUGCGGCUUUUGGAGGAUACUAAACUUAUUCAAAAAGCACGAGGUUCCUUUCACCUGUUGGGCAAUUGGUCAGGCAGUAGAAAAAAAUCCCGUAGUCGUUAGAGCCAUGGAAGAAGCCGGAUGUGAAGUAGGAUCGCAUUCCUACCGUUGGAUUAAUUACGAAAAUCUUCCAGAAGACGUGGAGUAUGAGCAUGUUAAAAAAUCGAUUUUGGCUAUCCAGAAAGCUUCUCCUACCAAUACUCCUCCUCGUAGCUGGUAUACAGGCCGCGCUAGUCUACGCACUCGUAAAAUCGUCUGUCAAGUCUAUCGCGAACUUAAUUUACCUCAACCUUUCGAUUCGGAUGAUUACAAUGAUGACCUUCCUUACUGGGUCCCUGAUCCCUUGGCUGAGGAGAAAAGCGACGAGGAAGACAAAGGUCUUUUAAUCGUGCCUUACACACUUGAUGUUAAUGAUAUGAAAUUUGCCGUUGCUCCAGGAUUCUGUAAUGGGGAAGACUUUUUCACUUACUGCCGAGACGCCUUUGAUGUUUUAUAUGAAGAGGGACAAAAUGGUGCCCCCAAGAUGAUCACCAUUGGCCUCCAUUGUCGAAUGACUGGCCGUCCAGGUCGUUUCCGUGGUUUACAAAAGUUGAUGGAGCAUAUUGCCCUCAAAGAAGGUGUUUGGGUUGCUACUCGAGAACAAAUCGCAAAUGCAUGGGCUUCCAAGCAUCCUUAUCAAAAGCAAUAG